AUGGAGACCAGUGAAGGUGCCUUGGCACUGCUGUGCUCCGCUCAGGUUGGACAUGCGGGAGGCUCUUCUGUGGAUCUGCAUGCUGGAGGAGGUCGGGCUUCUUCGCAGUGGCUGUUGCUGGAUCUCACACAGGUGUUAAUUAAGCCUAAUGAGGCCCCUAUGGACCGAUUGUUACUAUCUACAUUUUUACCUGCAGAGGACCUAGAAGCUGGAAGAAAUGAGGCUAUUCGCCUGAGAUCGACCGAUAAAUUUAGACGGAAACUCGAAGAACUGGAGAAAGAGAAAAACUCUUUAAAAUUUCAGCUUCCUUCAAGACAUCCUUCAAUUAGCAGUUUUUUGGAUAGGUUCGUUACCCAAGUUCAAGCAGCAUUGCGCUGGGCUGCCGAUCAUCAGGUUAGACAUGAAGAAACUCACCCUUGGCACGAAAACGAACAUAAACUUUUGAGAUCCACUUAUCAGGAGAGGAUACAGAUUUCGUCCACAAAACGAAACCAGCUUUUUCAAGAAAAGAAAUGGUUACAGAAAGAAAUUGAGGACCUCCGAGCAAGACUGGCCAUAUUAGAAGCAAAAGAUCAACAGCUAAGAAGAGAAAUUGAAGAACAAGAUAGGCUUAUUCAGUCACAGGACUGUGAACUGACUGCUUUACUUGGAUGCAUUUCUUUGAGAGAACUACAAGAAAUAAGCAAGGCUGUGGAUGACACUUUAGCAUCUUCAUAUCAAAUCCCAUUCAGUCUGGAUCUUCCAGGGACAAUAAAGAG